AUGACUGGGACAAACCAGUCGAGUGUCUCUGAGUUCCUCCUCCUGGGACUCUCCAGGCAGCCCCAGCAGCAGCAGCUCCUCUUCGGGCUCUUCCUGAGCAUGUACCUGGCCUCAGUCCUGGGAAACCUGCUCAUCAUCCUGGCCAUCAGCACUGACUCCCAUCUGCACACCCCCAUGUACUUCUUCCUCGGCAACCUGUCCUUUGUAGAUAUUUGCUUCUCCUCUACCACCGUUCCCAAAAUGCUGGCCAACAUACUCAGCAAUCAAACCAUCUCCUUCCCUGAGUGUCUCACACAGAUGUAUUUUUUCAUUGUUUUUACAGACAUGGACAAUUUCCUCCUGGCUAUAAUGGCCUAUGACCGCUUUGUUGCUGUAUGUCACCCCUUACAUUACACAACAAAGAUGACCCAUCAGCUCUGUGCUCUGUUGGUCUCUGGGUCCUGGGUCAUUGCCAUUCUGAAUGCUCUGCUGCACACUCUGCUGAUGGCUCGACUCUCAUUCUGUGCAGACAACACGAUCCCUCACUUUUUCUGUGAUGGGGCUCCUCUCCUGAAACUCUCCUGCUCUGACACAUACCUCAAUGAGAUGAUGAUUCUUACUGAGGGAGCCAUAAUAAUGAUGAUUCCAUUUGUCUGCAUCCUUGUUUCCUACAUUUGCAUCACUUGUGCAGUCCUGAGAGUCCCAUCCACAAAGGGGAAAUGGAAAGCCUUCUCCACCUGUGGCUCCCACCUGGCUGUGGUUUCCCUCUUCUAUGGCACCAUCAUUGCUGUGUAUUUUAGCCCUUCAUCCUCCCACUCAGCUGAGACAGACAUCGCCGCUGCUGUGAUGUACACAGUGGUGACCCCCAUGCUGAACCCUUUCAUCUACAGCCUCAGGAACAAGGAUAUUAAAGGGGCCUUAGUAAAAAUAAUUUCUAGAAUUUUUUUUUUUCUAUUCAACAAUGACAUAGACUCUGAAUAUCAUACUGGAAACUGCUUUGUAAUAAAAUCUUUUUUCUUUCACUAUUCUCCAAAAUAUAUCAGUUAUCCAUCCACAUAUUUAUCUUGGGUGAAUGAAAUUCUUGGUACAAACUCUUCAGGUUAA